AUUACCCUUAGAAAUUUCUUUCUUUCAUUCAUUCAACAAUGACUAUUAUUCGAUUUUUUCGUCCCACUCCUCGUACUUUUCAUCACUUUCAACAUCACUUGAUUCUUCCAUUAUUAUUCAUUCGCUCUUAUUCUGCUGAACCACCAUAUAAGUCAAGACCAUCCCCAGUUCCGUUAGCGGAUCCACAAGAACAAAAAGAAUUUGAAGAAUUAGUUCGUAAAAAUCAGGGUUCUUUUAGCGCACAGACGGAAGAAGAAUUAAUUCACCCUGAUCUACGAAAAAAACCUCCUCCUAAAUUUGAGGGAGAUAAAAAUCCAGAAACUGGUGAAAUUGGUGGCCCCAAAGAAGAACCUUUAACACAUGGUGAUUGGAGUUUCGGUUCAAGGGUUACAGAUUUCUAAAAUAAUUUAUUUGCGAUUCACAUGGCUUUUUUUUUCAUUUGUUGUGUAACCAUAUAAUAAAAAAUUCUUGCUU